AUGCGGCGGUGCCGGGGCGCAGGGCUGGCGGGGUUGGCCGCGCUGCUCCUGGUGGCUGCAGGCAGAGCCCAGGUGCAUCAGGACCCGUCAGCAGAGACCACCGAGAGCACCAGCAUCAGCAUCAACUGCUCACACCCCAACAUACAGACCGGCGAGGUCAUCCACUGGUACCGUCAGCUCCCUGGCAGAGGCCCCACAUUCCUCGCACUCGCUCUUAAAGAGUCCAAAGAGCUGCAGGACCCGCCGGGGCGGCUGUCGGUGGCAGCAGACCGCCGGUCCAGCGCCCUGUGGCUCGCCCGGCCCCGGUGCGGGGACGCGGCGGUGUAUUACUGCGCCCUGGAAGACACGGGGAGAGGAGCCGGGGCUGCGGCCGGGCAAGAACCGCCGCGGGCGGGGCCGGGCGUGCGUGUCAGGGGCGGGGGGACAGCCGUGGACGUGCCCGCCAGGGGGCGCUGCCGCUCCGUCCACCGGGUCCUCCUCGCCCCACCCGGCCCCGCCCAGUCCCGGGCCCGGUUCCCCGCCCCACGCAGCCCAGGCACCGGCUGCAGCAUGAUCACUGGCACCGUCACCGGCAUCACCCCGUGCCCCUUGGAGUCCACGCCUACGCUCAGCACCUCUUCUCAUUGA